UCCCCCACCAACCCAGCCCCCGCAUCCGCCCUGCAUCUGGACCGACAAAUCCCCAUCCCCAAACCCUCUCGACCGGGCGAGCUCCUCAUCCGCGUCCACGCCACAACCAUAGUCCGGGACAUGCUCACCUGGCCCGAGACCUAUCACCACGACUACGCCAUCCCCGGCAACGAUCUCGCCGGCAUCGUCAUAGAAGUCUUCGACAGGAGCAGCAGCAGCGCCUUCCACCCCGGCGACGAGGUCCUCGGCAUGGCGCACGCCGACCGCGCCGCCACCUGGGCGGAGUACACCGUCGUCAGCGCCGAAGAAAUCACGCACAAGCCCGCCGGACUGAGCUGGGAGGCAGCGGCGGGGUUACCGCUGAGUGCACUGACGGCGUACGAGGCGCUGUUCGUGCAUUUCGGGGUGAUUGCGCGGCCUUCGAUCGAGGAUGCUGCACAGAAUAUCAUGGACAAGAAGCGGGGGAAAUCAUCCCACUCCCAGAUCUUGAUAACAGGCGCCGCCGGCGCCGUGGGGAUUCAUCUGGUGCAGCUUGCUUCCGCUGUGAAGGGGUGCCACGUCGUCGGUGCGACGAGCUCGGAUGUCCGGAACGGGGAGUUCCUGCGCGGGCUGGGGGCGGAUGAGACGGUUGAGUAUGUGGAUCUGGAGACAGCCACAAAGCAGCGGCAGUGGCAGGCGGGGUUUGAUGUCGUGGUUGAUGCGGUGGGCGGGGAGGUGUUGGCGCGGUGCUGGGGGUGUGUUAGGGUAGGCGGGGUGCUGAUUUCGGUGGAUUCGGGUAGCUUUGAUUUUGUGGAACGGCAUAAGGAGCGUGGGAUAUGGAGGGGGGAUGUUCGUGCGCUGUUCUUUGUUGUGGCGGGGGGUGGGGAGGAGUUGCGCUGGCUGGCGGGGUUGGCGGGGGCAGGGGCGUUGGUGUCGUUGGUGAAUCGGUCGUAUCCGUUUGAGAGGGUGCGGGAGGCUUAUGAGUUUGCUAAUGGAAGGUAUGAGGGGAGGGGGAAGGUGGUUCUU